AUGGCCUACUACCUUCUUUAUUUUCUUACAUUUUCCGUUGUACUCUGUGGAACAGCGCUUUACCUCAGUCGGUCUCGAUGGUUGCCUUUACUCCCAGUCCCCAAAUAUAUAUAUCAUCGCCUUCCGUCUAGCUUCAGUGGAGAUCUGGAAGCUGGUCUGUCGUCCUCACAUUUCGAUAUCGCGGCUAAUGUUGCAGAUGGUGACAUUAGAGGGGGUUUGGAUAACAAGGCCAAAGGCGAGAUCAAGAAGAUCAUGAGGAACCAAGGGGUCACAUUUGACGAAGCCCGUCGGAUUUAUACUGAGCAACGGUUUGCCAAAAACAAUAUCGGGCUUGACGGCCGGCCGCGGGAUCCCAAGUUUGUUUCGUUCUCAUGA